AUAGCGUCUGCAGACGAAUAGGAUUUUUACAUUACAGUUUCUUGCAGUUUCAUUGCAGUCAGUUUGUAGCAUGUGAAAUCCUCUGUUCCAGGAUUACUUUUCCUGAUAUUUUUCUCAUGUACUUUAUGGGUGCAGUAUAAAGGAUAUUUUGUUCUGGUUGUUGGCUUUUUUAUUGUGCUCAUUUUUGAGUGAGUCAGCAUCCACACUGCUUGGAGAAAGAUUGCCAUGUUGGGGUUGGAUGUGUGUGAGUUUGGCAGCCAGCUCCUGGAACUUAUGUGGUUGACAGUAUGCUACAAAGAUAUUAUGGCAGACAAGGAUCCAGAAAUGUAUCCCUUUGAAGAGAAUGCCUUGGUUGAUACAAACUACAAAGCACCAGCACAGAAGACACUUAAAGAAAUUCAGGAGCUGGACUGUAAUGAUGAGAGUUUGAACAAAUACAAACAGGCACUUCUUGGCUCCUCUCCUAAGGAUGUAGAUCCCAAUUUACCCAACGUUCAAGUAAUAAGAUUGACCUUGGUCUGUCCUGUGGCACCUGAGCCCAUUUUUAUGGAUUUAACAGGCGACCUGGCAGCUCUGAAGAAGAAGACCUUUGUGCUGAAGGAAGGUGUUGAAUACAGAUUGAAAAUUAACUUUAAAGUUAACAGAGAAAUUGUUUCAGGCUUAAAGUACAUCCAUUACACGUGCAAGGGACGUUUGCAGGCAAGCAAAGACACCUAUAUGGUUGGCAGCUAUGGCCCCAGAGAAGAGGAGUACGAGUUUAUAAGUCCAAUUGAAGAAGCGCCAAAAGGAAUGAUGGUGAGGGGGAUGUAUACCAUGAAGUCCCAUUUCACAGAUGAUGACAAAAGUGACCAUCUGCACUGGGAAUGGAAGCUGAAUAUAAAGAAGGAUUGGAAGGACUAGGACCUGGCUCACUUUUAAAUAAGAUAGAAACUGGUAGUCAGAGGGAUUACUGUCCUGGUACCAAAGUUACUUUACAGCUUUUUAUUACCAUUACUAAUUGUGUAUGUCAUUAAUUGUUCAAAAGUAACUUUGUCUGCAGAACCCUUUGCUUUUAGUACAAGUGCUUUAGGUAGUAAUGUGUGUUCUGGUGUUUUAUUGGUGAUAUGAAGAUCAAUAUCAAAACUGACUAUUCAAAAUGGCUAAAUGUGAACAUGGGUAUGGGAAAGAUUAGUUAUUUCUGAAUGGCUAAUAAAAUACAGUGUAAUGGCAUUCAUUAUGUGAAUGAGAAACCAAUGAAUGAUAUGUUCAGUAGAACAGUGACUAUGUUGCUAAGCUUUCCUUUCAGGCACAUGUUCUAUAAUGUAUUCUGCUUCUUCAUUAACAUAAAUCUGAAAUAAAAACACAAAAUGCUGGAAGUGCACAGCUAUUUCAUUGAGAUCCAAUAAAGGAAGAUGUGUUAUUAUUUCAGAUGUAUACUUCAUUGGAACUUAUUACCCCGAAUACAGUUUUUCUGGAUUUUACUUCAAUGUGAAGCCAAAUUAAAUUCAAAUUAUCAAUGAUAUUUAAACCUUACAAUGAUGGAAGAAAUAUUUGCACUUUGCAAUCAA